AACUCUUAUCCCCGCGUUGAGAAGAACUCUGACGGAAGCGAGAGUCUCAAUUCAACAAGAUGACUUCAGGAUCGUUCUAUGCUGCUUUAGCGGGACUCCUCGGUGCUACCUCGUCUCUGUUAGCGAAGCUGUCUCUCGGGACAGACCACCUGGUCCUAAUGUGUGAGUCCAGCCUCAGCGGCUGGUCCGGAAUCCAAACAGGAACCUGCGACUGGCUCCACCUCCCCCUGCGGCUCUUGUGUGGAGGGCUACUCUUGACCAGCAACACUGUAAUGUGGAACCUCUUCUCUAAGGCUCUCCGACACUGCUCCUCUUCAGCCACAGCCACUGUCACCACCACUGCGACCAACUUCAUCGCUUCGGCUGCACUCGGGCGGUGGCUCUUUGGAGAGGCUCAGGCAGCUCUGUGGUGGGUUGGCAUCACCAUCACUCUGUGUGGGCUUUUAAUUCUCCAUGGAUCCUCGCCCCAGGACCAGGACAAAAAAGUCAAAUAAUGAGAGGACUUAGCAUCUCUCAACUUUAACACUGCUCCAACUGUUAGACUUAUGUCUCUUUGCUCCAAAGACCCAGCCACUGUUCUGCCAACAAAUGCAACGUACUGCAGGAGUUCAGACAGGUUCAUACUCUUUGAUGGACUUUCCUGCAGCUGACCAUGUCUCUGACCUGAGGACCUGAGGGAGCAGGCUGGUCAGUGAUUGGCCCACGAUGGAAUCGAUUAUGUUGUGGACACACAAACAUAAGGGGAUGAACAAACACAAGCUGUGUGCUUCUGGUUGUACAGAUUGUUUUUCUUUCUAAUGCAAGAGCUUCCAUCAUUUCCAGUGCUGCUGUUAGAAAGUGACUUUAGCAACAUAAAUGACCCAAUAAGAAUGUUUUUGGAAACAACUUGCAAUAAAUUAUUAUCCAUUACUGACUUUGGAACAAUAAAAACAAAUGACGAUGCAAAAAAUAUUUUAUUUGGAAACCAAAAGGUGGGACAAUAAAUUUAGCCCAUGAAUUGAAGAAUAUUUAGAACAACAGCAUAAGUUAAACGCUAAAACAGCAGUGUCAGAGUCACUUGGAUUCUAAAAGGUUC